ACUCCCCUGACUCUUUCCUGUGACGUAGUGCUAGCUCCCGAUGCUACACGCGGGAAACAGGCGAAGCUGUUCAUCACAUUCACAAGCGUCCGUCAUUGCCUGUAGCUGAGAUGGGAGACACAUUGGAGUUCAACGAGAUUUAUCAGGAGGUGAAAGGCUCCUGGAAUGACGGGCGGCUGCGUUUCAGCAAGCAAAAUGUGGUUUAUAAAAGCAGCAAGACGGGGAAGGUGGACAGCAUCCCAGCUGGUGAACUCAACUUGGCCCAGUGGAGACGAGUGUGUCUAGGUCACGGUAUCAAACUGGGUACUAGCACAGGACACAUCUACAAAUAUGACGGCUUCAGGGACACGGACUUCGAAAGGAUCUCUGAGUUUUUCAAGGCUAACUACAAGGUGGAGCUAACAGAGAAGGACAUGUGUGUGAAGGGCUGGAACUGGGGAACAGCCAAGUUCUCGGGGCCACUGUUAUCAUUUGAUAUAAACGACAAUACAGCAUUCGAGGUUCCGCUAUCCAACGUCUCCCAGUGUGCCACAGGGAAGAAUGAAGUUACUCUGGAGUUUCACCAGAAUGACGACACAGAGGUGUCCCUCAUGGAGGUCAGAUUCUACGUCCCACCUAGCCAGGCUGAUGAACGACAAGACCCUGUCGAGGCGUUUGCCCAGAAUGUCUUGUCUAAGGCUGACGUGAUCCAGGCCACAGGAGACGCAGUGUGUAUCUUCAAAGAGCUGCAGUGUCUUACACCCAGAGGAAGAUAUGACAUUCGUAUCUACCCGACGUUCCUUCACCUCCAUGGUAAGACCUUUGACUACAAGAUUCCCUACACCACUGUCCUCCGUCUUUUCCUGCUGCCACACAAGGACCAGAGGCAGAUGUUCUUUGUGAUCAGUCUGGAUCCUCCCAUCAAGCAGGGUCAGACACGUUAUCACUUUCUGAUUCUGCUCUUCUCCAAGGAAGAGGACAUCAACCUCACCCUCAACAUGAGCGAGGAGGAUGUGGAGCGUCGUUUUGAGGGCAAACUCAGUAAGAACAUGUCGGGAUCGCUGUAUGAGAUGGUCAGCAGGGUGAUGAAGGCACUGGUCAACCGCAAGAUCACUGUACCCGGAAACUUCCAGGGUCACUCUGGUGCUCAGUGCAUCACCUGCUCCUACAAGGCAUCCUCAGGCCUCCUCUACCCACUGGAGAGAGGCUUCAUCUACGUCCACAAGCCGCCGGUCCACCUGCGUUUUGAGGAGAUUUCCUGUGUCAACUUUGCCCGAGGCACCACCACAACACGUUCUUUCGACUUUGAGAUUGAGACCAAGCAGGGAAACCAGUACACCUUCAGCAGCAUUGAGAGAGAAGAGUACGGCAAACUGUUUGACUUCGUUAACGCCAAGAAGCUCAACAUAAAGAACAGAGGGUUCAAAGAGGGCAUGAAGGGUAAAAUUGACGAGUAUAGCGACUCCGACGAUGACCAGCACGAUGCCUACCUGGAGAGGAUGAAAGCUGAGGGCAAGAUCAGAGAGGAGGGCAACGACAGUGACGAAUCAGAUGGUGGAAGCGAUGAAUCGUUUAACCCGGGAGAAGAAGAUGAUGACAUUGCAGAAGAGUACGACAGCAAUGCCUCAGCAAGCGACAGCAGUGAAGAAGGGGAUGAAAGUGAAGAUGAGAGUGCAAAGAAAAAGAAGGCCAAGAAAGUCAGUGUGGUGAAGGAGAAAAAAGAAAGGAAACCACGCAAAGAGAAGAAGCAGAAAGAUACCGGCGGUCCAAAGAGGCCGAUGAGUGCCUACAUGCUGUGGCUGAACUCCAGCCGUGAGCGAAUCAAGUCAGAGAAUCCAGGCAUCUCCAUCACAGAGAUCUCCAAGAAGGCCGGAGAGAUGUGGAGACAAUUGGGCAAAGACGAGAAGGAGGAAUGGGAAACAAAGGCAGGAGAGGCCAAGAGGCAGUACGACAAAGCAAAGAAAGAGUACACAGAGAGCGGUGGUGGAUCAACCUCUAAGAAGGAGAGUAAAAAAUCUGGAGGUAAAAAGGAUGAGAAGAAGAGGAAGUCUGCCGGUGCAGACAAAGACAGGGAGCGAGGAGGAGGCAAUGACAGCUUCAAGAGCCGCGAGUUCAUUGAGACCAGUGAGGAUUCAUCAGACUCUGACCACAAGAGCAAGUCCAAGAGGAAGAAGGAAUCGGAUGAUGAAGAGGAAGAGGCUGUGUCCACACCCGCUAGCUCAGAGGAAGACUCUGACUAAACAUACACACUCUUACCCAGCGUACACACAAACCAAGGACCAAGCAUUUAUACUCUUCAUGGUGACAUCACAUAAACAGACUGACAGACAAAUCAACAGACUUGAGUUGUUGUUUGUUUUUUUUUUUCCUCUACAUGUUUUGCUUUGAGGAUACAAACUCAUCUUCUCUGAAAGCUUGUUUGAUAUUUGAGCUGGUUUUCAUACUGAUGGCUCUAUUAAAUGGUGAUAUACUGGUGCGCCAUCUCACCCAUGGAGAUGGCUGUUGUAGAUUUAUAGCACUGGGGAGUUUAGGAGUUAUUAGUUGAUGCAGAUAACGCAGAGAGGAGUUGAUGCAAAAUCAUUUUGCUCUUGCAAUUGUGUUUUUUGGUUUUUUUUGUAAUGUUUUCCCAUGUCAUAUUUUCAGGCUGAAAUAAAUAAAUGAAUGAUGAUUUUUAAUAAA